UUGGAAGUUACGUUGCGUCACUUUCCAACAACCUAGCAACUUCAGUUGUACCCACCUAACCCAACGCCAUGAGGAAAUAGCCUUCUCAAAGAUAACGUUUUGUGUUUUGCGACAAGAUCUGAUGGAGCACCGUUUAGUUUAAGCCCCGGGCUCUGGCCGGGAGCUGGGGCUUCAUAUUUGACAGAAUCAGAGGAAGCAACAGGAGGUUGAGCUGGGCGAACAUGGCUAGCCGCAGCAGGUCGCCAGCUACCCCCUAAACGUCAGACGGAGCCGAAGAAGAAGGGACGACUUUUGGUGGAGUCGAUUAUAGUUAAAUGUUAUAUGGAUAGCUGGGGCUGACCGGGACAGAAAGCCCUCCACCAAAGCCGUAUGGCCUCCACGCAAGCCCGGUUAGGCCAGCAGGCCUUAGCGGUGCUGGAUGUGGCUCUGCGAGUUCCCUGUAUUUUCAUUAUCGACGCAAUUUUUAACUCUUAUUACGACCCUGGACCAGGAUGGGCCGGAGCGAUGGGAAAGGUGCUGGUCAGAGUCACGGGUGUCCUCAUCUCCAGUGUUGUGCUGCUGCUCUCCCAGAAAGCCUUGUUCAAGUUCUACACGCUCUUCUUUGCUGUCCUCCUGGGCAUGGCGGCCGUCCUCAUAAACUACUACGCCACCUCGCACAUAGAUUUCUACAGCGCGUACUACAAGGCGGCGUUGGGGUUCAGGCUGCUGCCCAGAAACGGGCCCACGCUGUGGCUGGGCAUGGCGGCCGUGCAGCUGCUCUUUGGCGUGGGCUACGUGUUCCUGUUGAACCUCCAGUCGGUGUUUGCCGCGCUGGUGGUCUUGGACAUCAUGAUCCCUCUGUGGGGGAUGAUGAUCGAGCUACCGGCCGACGUCAGGCAGGUGGUGGCGGUGUUCUCGGGCCUGGCGCUGGCCCUGAACACGGCCGUCUGUCUGGCCAUGAGGCUCAAGUGGUUCUACUACUCGUGCCGGUACGUCUACCUGCUGGUGCGACACAUGUACCGGAUCUAUGGACUGCAGCUGCUGCUAGAGGACACGUGGAAGAGAAUCAGGUUCCCCGAUGUGCUGCGAGUGUUCUGGCUGACCCGGGUCACCGUCCAGGCGCUCAUACUGGUCUACGUGGUGCGCGCAGUGAGAAGGGAGAGUGGUGAUGCCACGGGAGGGGCCGCCGAUGGGAGCUCAGAUUCACAGGGCUACCUGCUCAGCUGGGACGUUUUCUGGGAUCUGACCAGCAACCUCAUCAUCUCCGGCUGCGACUCCACUCUCACGGUGCUGGGCAUGAGUGCGGUCAUCUCCUCUGUGGCCCAUUACCUGGGCCUCAGCAUCCUGGCUUUCAUAGGUUCAACCGAGGAGGAGGACAAGCGUUUGGGUUUUGUGGCUCCCGUUCUGUUCUUUAUCCUGGCUCUGCAGACUGGCCUCAGCAGCCUGGACCCAGAGGAGCGUCUGGUCCGCCUGAGCCGAAACAUGUGCCUUCUGCUGACGGCCAUCCUGCACUUUAUUCACGGCAUGACCGACCCCGUCCUCAUGUCCCUCAGCGCCUCGCACGUCUCCUCGUUUCGCCGCCACUUCCCCGUCCUGCUGGUGUCCCUGGCGCUCUUCGUGCUCCCCGUGGUGCUCAGCUACGCGCUCUGGCACCACUACGCCCUCAACACCUGGCUCUUCGCCGUCACCGCCUUCUGUGUGGAACUCUGCCUGAAGGUGGUGGUGUCUCUGACGGUCUACGGCCUCUUCAUGGUUGACGGCUUUUCCAACAUCCUGUGGGAGAAGCUGGAUGACUACGUCUACUACGUGCGCUCCACAGGCAACAUCAUCGAGUUCCUGUUCGGCGUCAUCAUGUUCGGGAACGGCGCCUACACGAUGAUGUUCGAGUCGGGAAGUAAGAUCCGGGCGUGCAUGAUGUGCCUGCACGCCUACUUCAACAUCUACCUGCAGGCCAAGAACGGCUGGAAAACCUUCAUCAACCGCCGCACCGCCGUCAAGAAGAUCAACUCCUUGCCGGAGGUGCGCGGGGACCAGCUGAGCAACAUCGAAGACGUGUGCGCCAUCUGUUACCAGGAGUUCGCCACCUCGGCCCGCCUCACGCCGUGCCACCACUACUUCCACGCGCUGUGCCUGAGGAAGUGGCUCUACAUCCAGGACACCUGCCCCAUGUGCCACCAGCGGGUCUACGUGGAGGACGAGGGCCGCGACAGGGCGGCUUUCUCCAACAACAACGGGGGCUACGCAGCGCCGCAGGACGCCGCUGCUGCCGCCGGCCCGCCCGAGCCGGGCCAGAACCAGCCGAACGGACAGCCGGUGGCCGAGCUGCUGGCCAACGGGGCGGCCGGUGGCGCGCACGCCGCGGGAGCGGCGGCGGAGCCGGACAACGAGCUGCUGGAGGACAACGACAGCAUAGAGUACGACGAAGACGAGUGGGGGACUCAGAAUGGCAGCAUGCCAAUAGAAGAAGACUAUAUCAAUGAUGACACAGACUCCACUGAGGACUGA